CGAUUUUUUUAUGGAUCUUGAUUUAUAUACGAGAGCCAAAGUCCAAAAAAGAAAGUCCGGUGCGGCACUACUUGCCGCCGGUGGAUCCCCGUGGAAAGAAGAUUCUCAUUCUCUUCUUAAGAUAUGAAAAAUAUAGCACACAAAAAGAGCAAGCAGAAAAGCUAGCCAUUCGUGUCAAGAGAUGUUAUUUGUGCAGCGGAUUGAUCUGGUAUUGUUUCAGGAGGGUCAGUCCCUGCUGCGCCGAAAGAGUGAGGGCUGUUGGACUCCGUUGCUGAAGGAAAUGUGGACGGGUCAUUGCGAGUGCGUCUUUUGAAAUUUUUGAAUUUUUGAAUGGUGGGUGAGAUCAGAAGAUGUUGUGCAGAGGAGGUUCAACGAGCGAGUGUGUUUCAGGAUCUGUGCCGGUCUACCUCAACGUGUAUGAUCUGACGCCCUACAAUGGCUACGCCUACUGGCUCGGCCUCGGAGUCUAUCAUUCCGGUGUACAAGUUCAUGGGGUUGAGUAUGCAUUUGGAGCUCACGAGUACCCGUCGACUGGGAUCUUUGAAGGCGAGCCGAAACAGUGUGAAGGGUUCACGUUCAGGAAGACGAUACUCAUUGGGGAGACAGAUAUGGGUCCUGCAGAAGUUAGGGCAUUGAUGGAGGAUCUAGCGCAGGAAUACAGAGGGAAUGCCUAUAAUCUCAUCACCAAGAACUGCAACCAUUUCUGCAACGAUGCUUGCAUUAAGCUCGCUGGAAAUCCUAUACCCAAUUGGGUCAAUCGUCUAGCUAGAAUUGGGUUUCUUUGUAACUGUGUUCUUCCAGCAAGUCUGAAUACAACCAAGGUUCGGCAUCAUAAAGUGGAAGACAAAACUCAAGACGGCGAGAAGAUGAAACUGAGGAACGGUUCGAGUAAAAUCUGUUCGUCCAACUCUUCAUCCAACUCUUCAUCCUCGUCUCCUAGUAGUACAACCCGCGGCAGAAGCAGGAGCAGACGAACUCAGCCUCCAUCGUCCCCAUUGAUCAUUCGUUCCCCCUCGUAAAAAGCGAUCCGUUAAUUUCUUCCUCGAAAUGCCAAAACGCAAGUGAUUGCCAACUUCACUGAACUUGCUGAAAUACGAUGCGAGGGCGGUCCAUUUCAAUGGUUUUUCCUUCAUCAAAUUCUUUCCGGUGUCAUACCACACAACGCUAACGACUUUUUUGUAAGAGCAGGCAGUUCAUAGUUGUACAUGCCUGGAUUAUCAACUGAUGAGUGCCUGUUGCUGCCAUUUACAUUCAUUUCAAUUCA